AUGCUCGACUCCCCCGCCAGGAGACUCCACCCAGACAUCCCCCAGUCCCCCGACGCACUCGCCAGAAGAUACAAGCUGCUCGAGAAGCUCGGCCAGGGCAACUUCGGCGUCGUCUUCAAGGCCCUCGACCGCGUCACCGGCGAGAUCGUCGCCGUCAAGGAGGUCGACCUCGAGAACAGCGACGAGGACAUCUCGGAGAUCCAGAAGGAAAUCAGCCAUCUCGCCGAUUGCGAUUCCGAACACAUCGUCAAGUACUACGGAAGCUUCGUGCGCGGCUACAAGCUAUGGAUAGUCAUGGAGUAUCUGGCAGGCGGAUCCUGUCUAGACCUGCUCAAACCAGGGCCAUUUCCAGAGACGGGGAUCCAGACGGUCAUGCACGAGCUGCUGCUCGGGCUCGAGUACCUGCACGCCCAGAAGAAGAUCCACCGGGACAUCAAGGCUGCCAACAUCCUCGUCUCCUCCAAGGGCAAGAUCAAGCUGGCCGACUUCGGCGUCGCCACCCAGCUCAGCAACCACAAGUCCAGACGCCACACCUUCGUCGGCACCCCCUUCUGGAUGGCCCCCGAAGUCAUCCGACAGUCCAGCUAUGACGAGAAAGCCGACAUCUGGAGCUUGGGCAUCACCGCAAUCGAACUGGCAAAGGGCCAGCCCCCGUUGUCAGAGUACCAUCCCCUGCGGGUGCUCUUCCUGAUCCCCAAGGCCAAGCCACCCACCCUCGAAGAAAGCUUGGAACCCGAACGACUAGCCCACUACUCAGAAGACUUCCAAGACUUCAUCAAUGCCUGUCUGCUGAAAGACGUCGAACUGCGUCCAACGGCGAGCCAGCUCUUAGGCCAUCCAUUCAUCCGCAAGCAAGUGCCGCCGAAGAAGGGCUUCACGGGAUUCAUCACCCACGGCCACAAAUUCCUGAGCGCAAGCUCCCUCGAUCUCAGCCCCGGCCUCAGCAAAGCCUCCGUCAGCAUCGUCGAACUCAUCGACCGGCACAGCGUGUGGAAAGCCAAGAAGAAGAAUCUGCAGAGCAGCGCGGCUGAUCCAGCGGGCACGGUCAAGAGCACCUCAGGCCAGCGGGUGCUCUCGAAUUCGGACUACAAGACGGCCAAGAGCUCGUACUUGGUCGGCAGGAACGACACCGUUGUGUCGGCAUGGGACUACCAAGAGACGAUGAAGCAUGCCUCGGAGGUCUACGCGAACAUCCUCAACAACGCCGACCAGGAGCUGGUGGAGACGCAGAUCAAGCAGCUCGAGGCGACCCAGGAGGCCUAUCUGCGCGCGGCCGAUCCGGGCUGGGGAGGCGGAGGGGAGCCGGGUGUGGGGGACGAGGAGGAGGAGCUGGAGGAGGCGCAGAAGGCGAUGGAGGCCUCCCCGUUGAGGAUGACCCAUGGCGUGCCCGCCGGAUGCGACGAGCUCGACCCCGACCACUUCUUCGCUCGCAGCCCCUCCGCCUCGCCCUCCGACCUGCGCCACCGUCCGCAGCCCGAAAGCCAACUCGCCCGCUCCAUCCCCUCCUCCCCCACCCUCGAGAUCCACAACCUGCCCAGCGCCCAACGCGCCCGCCUCACCCCCGGCGCAGGCGCCCACUCGCAGCGGGCCCUCCACACAGGCUCGCCCUUCGAAGCGAUCCCCACGCUUCGGCCCUCCCGGCCCGCCACCCUGACCGAACGACUCGCCCAGCUGUCGCUCCACAAACACGGCCCCGCAGGCCGCCGGUCUCCCGGCGGGGACGCGCAGCAGACCGUCAGCACGCGCCCCGGCUCGCGCGUCCUCGGCCCCGCCGACCCGUUCAACCUGCCCCACUCCCUCGACAAGGCCUCUGCGGCGGCCGCGGCCGACACGUUCGGCCAGGCUGUCCUCGAACACGUCGUCCUCCCGCUCCUCGACCAGAGUAUCGAGAACUACGCCGCCCCCGCCAAGCGCACCCCCGCCUCGGCCGCCCACGUCCAGACCCUCGGGCAGAUCCGCGACGGGUUCAGGGAGCUCAAAGCGCUCGACGACGGCCGUGCUUCCGGCGCGUUCGUCGACCAAUUGGUCCGCGAGAUCGAUCUCUUCCGGCAGAUCGAUUUCCAGAGCCGCCGGAGCACGAGCUCGUUGUAUGUGGGCCACGAGAACGAGGGCGGGUUGAUGUCGACGGUUCGGUCGGGGACGAGCUCUGUGUGUUCGAUCAUCGACCACCAGCAGCAGCGAGGCUCGGCCUCGAAGACGAGCUGGACGAGCGGGGGCUCGACGAACACGGACGGGCCGCGAAGUGUGAGUCGGCCGAGCGGCAAGCCGACGUCGAGCGGCUCCCGCCGCGUCGCGAACAAGAAGCCCCAGCCCGAGCCCGCUAAGCCCCAGCUCCGCCGCAUCAGGGUCUCCCUCGACCAGCUCUCGCCCUCCGCUUCCUCCGCCUCCGUCCUCGACCGCCAGUCCCUUCGUCGGCUUGCCCAGGACCCGGCCGACGACUCCGAUAGCGACCCCGGGAACAGCUUCCGCUUCCACGCCCCACCCCCCGCUCGGGAGCCUGCCCGGGAACCCGCCCGCGAGCCCGCGCCUUCCCGGCCCUCUUCCGGGACCACUCCUGCCCGCAACCCGAUCGCCACUCUGCUGUACAACCGCUGGCUCGACACGAUCGUCCAGCCCUAA